GGCCUCCCCUCUCUCUCUCUCUCGUCCCCCUCCGGUGAAGGUGCAUCUCUUCGGUCGUCCCGUCCCGGGUUCAUCCGACACCGACACCGAGCAGCAGAGCUCCGGCUCCACAGCAGCGACACCAUGCCUCCCAAGUUCGACCCCACGGAGAUUAAGAUCGUGUUCAUGCGAUGCACAGGAGGAGAAGUUGGUGCCACCUCCGCUCUCGCCCCCAAGAUCGGACCCCUGGGUCUGUCUCCCAAGAAAGUUGGUGAUGACAUCGCCAAGGCAACCAGUGACUGGAAGGGCCUGAGGAUCACCGUGAAGCUGACCAUCCAGAACAGGAACGCAGCCAUCGAGGUGGUUCCCUCUGCGUCCGCUCUGAUCAUCAAGGCUCUGAAGGAGCCUCCUCGUGACAGGAAGAAGGUCAAGAACAUCAAGCACAGUGGCAGCGUGACCUUCGAUGAGAUCGUGGGCAUCGCUCGCGUCAUGAGGCAUCGCUCCAUCGCCAGGGAGCUCUCCGGAACCAUCAAGGAGAUCCUGGGCACCUCUCAGUCUGUCGGGUGCACCAUCGAUGGGCGUCCUCCACAUGAUGUCAUCGAUGACAUCAACAGCGGCAAAGUGGAGUGUCCCACAGAGUAAAUGGAUGCAAAUAAAAAGUUGAUAAAAAUUGA